AUUUUGUUGAGCUUUGCAAAAUUGUGCUCCGUCCACCGGGUCUCCGAGCUGCCCUGGGGGGAUGGAGGCAGCGGGAGGUGAGGGAGGGGCAGGCAGUCCCAGCUCAACAGGUGGGGGGCACUUGUCACAGGCAGGAAGAGACCUGGAUUCCGCACCGGCUGGCAAGCUACAGUUGAGAAAUGAGCCCUUUGGCAGAGGAGAAUCAGGAAGGGAAGUGGCUGCAGAUGGCUCUGUUCAGGCCCUGGUCACGUUUGACGAUGUUGCCAUCUAUUUCUGCAAGGAGGAGUGGGAGGAGCUAGUGGAAUGGCAGAAGGAGCUGUACAGAGACGUGAUGCGGGACAACUAUGAGACUUUGAUCUCCCUGGUGCCAGGUCCUGCAGCUGCCAUACCUGCCCUUAUCUGGCUGAUAGAACAAGGUGAAGAGCCAUGUGCCUGGACUUGCCAGGUCUCGGGGGAAGGAGGCAGUGCGAGGUACAUUUCCUCAGCCCAUGAGCUCAUCUCAAGAAAUAACGAUGAGGAGUCUCCAGAGAUGUUGGGUGAGCACAGGACCUUGCCACGAGAAGCCAGAGCAAGUGCUUUCCCAGGCUGUGGUGGGGGUGUGGGUGAGGGGCAGCCUGGAUCAGAAGGACAGCAGGGGAAGCCAGCAGGAAACCCAAGUGGUGGAGCGAAUCGGUGUGGCAGAGGAUUCAGUGAAGUGGAAGAUGCCGCUGCCUCCCCAAGAACCUCCCCAGAGCAGAGGUUGCACUGCUGCAUGAAAUAUAAUGAACGCUUUCCUCACCUGUCGUGUGUAACCUCUCACUCCAGAGCCCAUGCUGGGGAGAGACCCCAUAAGUGCCCCACCUGUGAGAAGGAAUUCAGCCGGCGUGCACACCUUAUUCAGCAUCAGCAGGUGCACACAAAGGAGAGACCCUACAGCUGCCCCGAGUGCGGGAGGGGCUUCAGUCGCAGCUCUAAGCUUAUGGAGCACCAGAGACUCCACACAGGGGAGAGACCCUAUGAAUGUCCCGAGUGCCAGAAAAGCUUCAGCCAGAGCUCCAGGCUGAUCAAACACCAGAGAAUCCACACAGGGGAGAGACCCUAUGAAUGUCCCGAGUGCCAGAAAAGCUUCAGCCAGAGCUCCAGGCUGAUCAAACACCAGAGAAUCCACACAGGGGAGAGGCCCUUCCAGUGCCCCAGGUGCGAGAAGAGCUUUGCAGAGAGCACGAGCAUGCUGCAGCAUUACAGAGUCCACACGGGGGAGAGGCCCUACACGUGCAGCUACUGCCAGCAGAGCUUCAGCCGAGGCUCGCGGCUGGCGGAGCACCAGAGGGUCCACACUGGGAAAAAGCCCCAUCAGUGCGGCGAGUGCGGGAAGAGCUUCGGGAACCGCUCGACCCUCACCACCCACUACAGGACCCACACGAGCGAGAGGCCUUUCACAUGUGGUGAGUGUGGCAAGAGCUUCAAGCAGGGCUCGGCGCUGAUCGCGCAUCGGAGGAGCCACACCGGAGAGAGGCCCUUUACAUGCACGGAGUGUGGGAAAAGCUUCGCUCUGAGCUCACACCUGAUCAAACACCAGAGAAUCCACACAGGGGAGCGACCCUUCCAGUGCCCUGAGUGCGAGAGGAGCUUCGUGCGGAACUCACACCUCACCGAGCAUCGCCGGAUCCACACUGGGGAGAGACCCUACCAGUGUCCUGAAUGCAAGAGGAGAUUCCGCCGCAGCUCCCGGCUCGUUGAGCACCAGAGGAUCCACACAGGAGAAAGACCCUACAAAUGUCCCCAGUGUGAUAAGAGCUUCAUCCGCAGCUCAGCCCUCAGCGAUCACCGCCUCCGAGUCCACACGGAGGAGGGCGCUGCGGAGGAGGACAGCCCCUCCGAUCAGCCGAACGCCCCCGGAAGAGAAAGAUGCUACCAGUGCGGCGAAUGCGAGAAGAGCUUCUUUCGGAGAUCCUGUUUUGUUGAACACCGCAGAGUCCACACGGGAGAGAGGCCCUUUAAGUGUCCCGAGUGCAAGAGAGGCUUUCGCUCCAGCACAACCCUUACCAAACACUCCAGAAUCCAUACAGAGGAAAAGCCUUACAAGUGUUCUGCAUGCGAGAAAUGCUUUGUCCACUGCUCCAAGCUGAUGGCGCAUCAGAGGAGCCACACCGCAGAGAAACCCUUUAAAUGCAACGAGUGCGAGAAAAGCUUCACUCAGAAGUCGGGCCUCAUAGAUCAUCAAAGGAUCCACACGGGAGAAAAACCCUAUCGAUGUCCCACCUGCGAGAGAAGCUUCAGCAGGAGCUCGACACUCAUUCAGCAUCAGAAAAUCCACAUGACAGACAAACCCUAUAAGUGUCCUGAGUGCGAGAGAGGCUUUAGACGACACGCACAUCUCAGAGAACACCAGAAAACCCAUGCACCCUAGGAACUGGCUGAAUUUAACACACAGAGCUAGCCAUUGAAGGCGGAUGUGUUCCUGUCAGCGUUCGGGAAGUGCCAUCUGCAGUAUUUCUAGAGCUUGGGAGACUUGUUUCAUGAAGAAAAGGAAAUAAUUGUAUUUUGGGACCGUUGGAAACAAACAAGGAAAUUCCGUGCAAAUAACUAGUGCUCCUGGAAUGUUGAGGUUGAGAAAAUAAGCUGUCUGAAGCCAGGCAAUGCAGAAUUAAGUGCGGCCUUACCGUUGUCCUCUUGUGCUUAUCCCUUUACAAACAGGAUUUUUCUUGAUUAUAAAAAGAUUUGCCAAUUAAUGUAACAGAUACAAACAAGAAUUUCUUAUGCAGCCCUACAGACAAUAUAUCACAGUAUAGCACAGCCGAGGCAACGGGGUUGGUUUGAUUUUUUUUUUUUUUUUUUUAAGGUCUCAGUGAGAUCUGCAAGACAAGUGAAGUUUAAUGUUCUGUAACUACACAGUAGCAAAUAUUGGA